GUGGGCAGGGCCGGCUCUGCCGCAGCCAGAGCCACAGCAGCAGGCGGCGGCAGCUCAGCCCACCCAUGAGGUUCAGUUAGCCAAGGUGGAGGAUGGGGAGAGAAUGGAGGUGUCCCAGCUCCUCAAUGAGGUCAGGGAAAACUAUGCAAAGCUCCUCAGCAGCAAUCAGAUAGAGACCGGGCUCUCAACGAGGAUCCAGCUGGAAGAAGACAUAAGCAAAAAGAUGGACAGAGACAAGGAGGCUCUGAAGGCGGCACGAGCGGAGCUCAAGGAGGCCCAGCGCCAGUGGCAUCACCUGCAAGUGGAGAUCGAGUCGCUGCACGCUGUGGAAAGGGGCCUCGAGAGCUCCCUGCAGGCCAGCGAGCAGCAGCACCAGAUGCAGCUGCAGGACCUGGAGGCGGUGAUCGAGGGGCUGGAGACGGAGCUGCAGGACGUCCGGCGCGGCAUCGAGCGGCAGCUACAAGAGCACGAGUUGCUUCUCAACACGAAGAUGAGGCUGGAGCAGGAGAUCGCCACGUACCGCCGCCUGCUGGAGAGGGAAGAAAUCAGGUAUUACGGCUGUAUCCAGGGCGGGAAAAAAGAGCCCAAACCUACCACAAGUAGAGUCGGUUUUGUUUUACCUUCGGCCAUCAUAAAUGAAAUAUCUUUUUCAACAAAACUCUCACGAAAGUAUGAGGAUGAAAAAGUGGAGACGGUGACCAAAGAGGCAAUAUUAAACAGAAACACCGUGAAGGAGAGCACCGAGGCUCACAGCACCAUUCAGACAGAGAAAGUGGAUGAAGUUAUUAAAGAAUGGGAAGGCUCCUUCUUUAAAGACAACCCUCGAUUAAGGAAAAAGUCUGUUUCUCUCCGAUUUGACCUCCACCUCGCAGCCACUGACGAGGGCUGUUUACAGACUAAGCAGGACAACCUGCCGGAUAUAGAGGUCAGGCUGAUUAUGAGGCGGUCCUGCAGCAUUCCAUCUAUCAAACCUCCCUCGGCAGCCAAUUAGCCCCGAGAUAGGAUUUGACUUGAUUUGAAAAUUCCAUGAGGACGGGACAGGUGGAUGAUGCUGACCCCUUUCUGUCUAAAAUGUAAGUUAUUAGGUACAUAGAGAAAAUGUUAUGAUCAAUGUGUGAUUGUGAUUCCCUUCACAAAAAAAAAAAGGACAGUUAAGGCAUAAAGUUUCUCUGAACUCAAUUAUGGGCAUAUUUUCAGGUGAGGGAAAGUUUAAAAAUAAAAUCAGAAAUUCAGUACGGUUUCUAUUCUAUUUAUUCUCCAAAUAGUCUUCUUUUUCUCUGGAAAUUUUAUCAGAGACUGUACUGUACAAGCUGGCUUGGUUAAGUCUGUAAUUUCACUCAGUGGCUGAACACUGAGGCAGUGGUGGCAAACCUAUGGCACACGUGCAGCACCGAGCUAUUUGUUACCACUGAAAACUCCAAAAGAUUCGCCACCAGUGUUCUAAGAAAAAGGAGAAGUCACUUUGAAGAUGAUUACAAACUGUGAAGAGCCAUCAUUAUUUCUCAACUGGCUAAACCUCAAAAGGUUGUUUUACUUUAAAAAGGCAGCAGUGAUAAAAUUUUAAGGGAGCGUUCACUAUUCACUUUGAGUUUUUCCUUUUGAGAUAAUCAUUUGGACACUUAGAAAAAUAAGAAGAGUUCUCUUCAUGAGCAAACUAUAGAAUACACUCCAAGGUUAUUCUGAUGAUAAAUAAAAUUGUUACUCUAUACCUGAAAGGUUUUUGUAAGCAAUAUCUGAUUUCUAGAAGAGCCACUUUAUUGAAAGAACUUUUUAAAAAUCAGAAGCCCAGUUAUAAAAUUAACACACAAAAAACAAACUGAAAAGGUGGUUUCUAUGGUUACUAGAACAGCCACUUAACCUCUCACUGUCCUGACUUUUACAUCUGGGAAGUUAAAUGUGAUCGAGCCUUAGGUAAGAUAGUAUAUAAAUAUUUCUUGCAAUCGUUUAUGUGAACUAAGAUAAUACUAUUGUUAUCUAAGCUAAGAGUGUUUGCAGGAUUUGUUUUUAAAUUGUUCAAACUAAUAAAUACAGAUAAAAACAUAUUGUGGAUAAGUGAAGUAUUGUUGCAAAGUUUUCUAAAGAAGUUAAUUUGUUUACUACAGGUAUGUUUAAGACCUUAAAUAAUAAAUACCUGUUUUAAAACAUUAGAAAUUUAUAGGCUAUUUUUUUCUAAGCAGAAAAAAAUGGAAAAGUACAAUUCAUACCUUUUUUCCCAACUAAAGAAUUACCUAAGGGCUACAGCUAUGUUAGAAUUUUAGUACACCGCGCAUAUAUAUACAUAUAUAUAUAUAUGCAUGCUAUGUGUAAUAUAUAUGCUGAAUAUAUAUGCUGUGUGUAUAUGUGUGUGUGUAUAUAUAUAUAUGCUGUACGUAUAUUUAUAUACAACAGUAAAAUGUUUGUUUUCAUCAGAAGAAAAUUAUGUUCAUCUUUAACAUAAUACAAAAUAGAACAUUUUACAUUUUCCUUCAGUUACUUCUGCUUCCUUUCAGCCUGGCUUAUUCUGUCCAGUGAAAGGGGAUGAUUUUGUUUUGUCAAGGACACGACAGCAUGUUAAGUACUUAUUCUUGUGUAAUCAUCUAACCUAAAAUGUACCCUUUGGGCUGGGGUGGAACUCAGUGGUGGAGUGCUUGCCUAGCAAGCACAAGGCCCUGGGUACGAUUCGCAAUACCAAAAAAAAAGUUUCAUUCACUAUUUGUUAAAUACUACACAUUUCAUCAAAGCUUUAAAAGUGCAAUCAUAUCCGCUAUUGUGUUAAAGUUACUACACCAAGCAACCGUGAUCAUAUAAUAAAGCAAUAUAACUAAUGUAAUCUAUUGCAGUGUUCAGACCCUAGCGCUAGGCAUUACAAAUGUAACCACCUGUUACAGUACUUCCACUAUGCAGCUGUUGCGUGUAUAACAUGUACAUUUUAAAAUACAGUACUUGAUUUUAUAAAAAAAAAAGUUUUAUUUGCUUUGAGCUAUUUUAAAAUCGGGAUAUGAAUUUACCAAAGUAAAUGAUACCACCACAAUAAAAAAAAAAAAUUGAAACGCAAACUCCGAGCUGCCUUGUAUUUGAGUUUGAUACAUAGCUGUCUCUCAAAGAGAUUGCUAUCUGCAUGGUUAAACAGAUAAAAAGAAGCUGGUUCACUUGGGAAAUGAAGAAAACUGCAAUCAUAGUACAUACAUGAUGCCUUUAAGCUUUUUUUUUUAACAAAAAAUAAAU